AGUAGACAUCACAGGGGCACGCAGGACCGUUUUGUUUCAAGUACUCGGGGUGACUCCCUGCACAGAAAAGGCGAAUCCUGGUCACCCUAAACGUGCCCACCACCACCCCAUCAAAAGGGUUUGGUAUCUGAGCGCACGCUGGCCAGACUCCGACAGCAACAGUGCAGCGGAGCAGGGAGCUGUCCGCGGUGCUGAAUUCAUCUGCUAAAAGAAAUCCCAAUUGCACACUCAUGUGCUUGAGCCGCUCCUGAUACUUUCUGUUCCUAGCAAAGGUUGACUACCAACACACCCAAGAUGGAUGACGACGGGCGCUACAGAGACGGCCGCUCAGAUUUCAUACGUGGUGCCAAGGACAUUGCCAAAGUGGCCAAGAAGCGGGUAGGCAAGAAGGUGGGCCGCGGCGUAGACAAAAUGGCAGAUGAGUACACCAAGCGUUCCUAUAGGCGCUUUGAAGAGGAAGAUGAUGAUGAUGACUAUGCCAGUGUGCCAAGUAAUGACAGUGGAUAUUACCGCAAUGACAGUCGGGCCAAUGAUGAUGAAGGUCACAGUGACUCUACUGAAGGACACGAUGAAGAUGAUGAGAUCUAUGAAGGCGAGUACCAGGGCAUCCCAAGGGCAGACUCGGACAAAGCUGGUGGUAUGGAUAGCACGGUUGCUCAGGCUCAGCAGUUCAGGGAUCUGUCUGCCUACGAGGGCGAGAGGAAGAAAGACCAGGAGGAGCUGGCUCAGCAGUAUGAGACCAUCCUGCAGGAGUGUGGCCAUGGGAAGUUCCAGUGGAUGCUCUACUUUGUCCUGGGGCUGGCGCUGAUGGCAGACGGUGUGGAGAUCUUUGUGGUUGGCUUUGUGCUGCCUAGUGCAGAGAAGGACAUGUGUCUAUCUGAGCCCAACAAGGGCAUGCUGGGUCUGAUUGUGUACCUGGGGAUGAUGGUUGGGGCCUUUGUAUGGGGUGGCCUGGCUGACCGAAUUGGCCGACGACAGACCCUCCUCAUCUCCCUCUCCAUCAACAGUGUUUUUGCCUUCUUCUCUUCCUUUGUCCAGGGCUACAGCUCCUUCCUCUUCUGCCGCCUGGUGUCUGGCGUGGGUAUUGGUGGCUCCAUCCCCAUUGUCUUUUCCUAUUAUUCUGAGUUCCUGGCCCAGGAAAAGCGAGGAGAGCAUCUGAGCUGGCUCUGCAUGUUCUGGAUGAUCGGUGGUAUCUAUGCGUCCGCCAUGGCCUGGGCCAUCAUCCCACACUACGGCUGGAGUUUCCAGAUGGGCUCAGCCUAUCAGUUCCACAGCUGGCGUGUCUUUGUGUUGGUGUGUGCUUUCCCCUCCGUGGUGGCCAUCUGUGCACUCACCACCAUGCCUGAGAGCCCCCGCUGGUACCUGGAGAAUGGGAAACAUGAUGAGGCGUGGAUGAUUUUGAAGCAAGUCCAUGACACCAACAUGAGGGCCAAGGGUUACCCAGAGAGGGUCUUCUCUGUGACCACCAUCAAAACAGUGAAGCAGAUGGAUGAACUGCUGGACAUGGGGGAUGGUGCCGCCUGGUAUGUGAAAUGGAGGCUUAAGCUCACUACACUUUUCCAUCAGGUGUGGAAAAAUUUCCAGGCUGUGUUCUCCCCUGAGUACCGCCGCACCACCUACAUGAUGAUGGCUGUGUGGUUCUCGAUGUCCUUCAGCUACUACGGUCUGACAGUGUGGUUCCCCGACAUGAUCAAGUACCUGCAGAAGCAGGAGUACGCCUCACGUACUAAGGUUUUUGUCAAGGAGAGAGUAGACCAUGUGACCUUUAACUUCACCCUGGAAAACCAGGUCCAUCGCCAGGGCAAGUACUUCAACGAUAAGUUUAUGAACCUGAAAAUGAAAUCUAUGGUGUUCGAGGACUCUCUGUUUGAGGAGUGCUACUUUGAGGACAUCACUUCCAGCAAUACCUUCUUCAAGAACUGCACUUUCAUCGCCACCCUCUUCUACAACACAGAUCUCUUCAAGUAUCGACUGAUCAACUGCAAGCUCACCAACAGCACUUUCCUGCACAACAAAGAGGGCUGCCUGCUCAGUGACAUCAGUGAUGAGAACAAUGCCUACAUGGUCUACUUUGUCAGUUUCCUGGGCACCUUGGCUGUGUUGCCGGGAAACAUCGUCUCCGCACUGCUCAUGGACAAGAUUGGACGGUUGCGGAUGCUAGCGGGCUCCAGUGUGAUCUCUUGCAUCAGCUGUUUCUUCCUGUCUUUUGGCAACAGUGAGUCAGCAAUGAUUGCUCUGCUCUGCCUGUUCGGGGGAAUCAGCAUCGCGUCUUGGAAUGCCCUGGAUGUGCUGACUGUAGAGCUCUACCCCUCUGACAAAAGGAUAGCAGCCAUACGUAGACUCGAGACUGAAGCUGAAUAGACAACCCAUUGCACUGUGUACACUGUCGUACAUGCACAAAUGUGAAUGCCCCGAGUUCUUCAAAACACGUCCUGGUGCAGCCUACUAGAGAUUUAAUGAAGAACAAGGUGAGCAUUUAGCAAGAGCACAAAGGUAAAACCUACCAAAGGACAAGAUUGUGACAAUUGAAUAGUUGUGAACAUAGUUGCUUCAAGCAUUGAUGGCCCUUACAAUUUAUUGUCUCAUUCCUUCUUACAAUAACUCCGAAUUUGAUAUCUGACUCCUUAUCAUAAGUGUGCCAUGAGUACCACCUCUCAUUAACCAUUGCCAAAUAUUUUGUAUGGCCUGAGUUUACACAUUACACAUCAAUUCCCUGUUAUAGAUAUGAAUAUAUGUAUAUAAAAAUAACUAUAAUGUAACUAAUAGCUCUCCAACCCUUUUGAACUCUGGGCAUUUGCUGUAUUGCAGCUAGUCUCUGUAGGUUUCCAACUGCCAUUCAUGUGAAACAAGAACACCUGGCCUUAUUAUUGUAUGUGGUAAUGAAGACUUCAUUUUCAUCUUUAGGAGUCUAGAUGCUCUUGUUUUAGAACAACAAGAAAUAAUGGCUCCCGAAGCUAAAGUGGCCAGUAAAUAAGAAAGCAAAUUUUGCCCAGAUCCACUCUUAAAAGCACAGUGAUAGUAUAUAUAUGUACAUUAACUGUACAAAUAUAAAAGCCAAGCGUCAGCAGUCCUGUUCUCUGUAUGUUUUCCUGUAUCACUCAAGAAAUGAACAAUGAUGUCAUGGUAACUGAUGUAUUUCUUCAACAUGAAAUGCUGUUAAAAUGCUAAAAUGCCUCAGUGUCUCACUUCAGGCUCUGUCCAAGUCAAGAUUGUCUUUCAUAGACACAUAUCUUAGCUUAUGUCACAGGGUUUUUUUGGUAUAAAUAACUUGUUGUCUGAGCAACAAUCAAUCGUGAGUGCAAAAAGUUAACAAAGCAAUAAGUGUUUGGUAUUUGUCUCUUUUUCUCUCUUCUGGCUUUGAAGCUGUUGGGAAUUGGAGCACAUUACUAUAUGCUGGCCUUGUCCAUUAAAAUGCUGAUUGUUGGCUUAAUAAUGUCGCAGGACUAAACUGCUAACAUUUCUGUAUCCUCUCUAAAACAAUUCUAGCCCUUUUGUCAAUAAGAUUGCAUUGCCAUUAAUUAAAUGUAACAAGGAAUUUUAUCACAUUCGUCAUUGUACUGUGCUGUAGGAACCGUAGCUGAUUAAGUAUAAAAUCUGCUUGUGGAACCAUAAAUAUAAAGAUAUAUAAAAAGUAAUUUAAAAAAUGUGUAAAUGAACAAUGCUGUAUGUUGUCUAUGGUUUUGUGUAUUUUGUAAAUGAGAAUGAAACAUGAGUAAAUACAUCAAUGUUAAAUACCAGUUAUGAAUCCUAUUUAACCUAAAUGUGACAUCAGUUCUCUUUAAGUGUGUGAGAUUUUUUUCUUAUGUUUUCUUCCUGUUGAUUUUUGGGUUUGGACUUUGAUGUGCAGCCGACCCUUUGGAAUCACAAUGGUUAACAAAUGAAGAAUAAACAAGUGCAAAAAUUCA